UAUUUCUUGUAAAUGUGAUUUAAUGGGUAUUACUAUAUAUAUGCUGAUAGAACUUAUUGAUACAUAUAUGCAGAAGAAAGGAUUAACGAGAUUGCAGAUGAACUAUCUACGAUGAGAGAAGUUCAAUCAAGCCAAAUUCAGAACCAUAACCAAGAUGAAGCCUCGACGUCGCGGUCUCAAGAAGAGGAAACACCCAAAUUGUUUGAAAAUCCUUUUGCCAUCAACAACGAAAUAACAGGUUCAAAUGAAUCAAUUCCUUGUGCAAGAGAUGAAGCUCAACCUACACAAGACCAUGUUGUGUUGUUAGAUUGCGAAGGAUGUGUUAAUGAUAAUGUUGAGAGUUCAUCAUCUUCUUCGAGUGAGGUGACUACUUUUGAUGCAGCCAAGAAUGAAGCUUUUAGAAACUCAGUUAGAAAGGUCCUUACUUGCUUGGCAUUCCCAAGGAACGAAGGCUCGGUUGCAAGGGAAAACACAGAUGCAACACCAAGAGAUUUACCAGAUCUCCUAGCAAGUGUUAGUAGUCCUACCAAUGAUAUACCUACAAAGAUGCAGGAGCGAUCAUAUUACACUAAACCUCAUCACACGUCGAAUUUCUCCAUAGCAUCCGACAUGCAAGUCGAGGUCUCAGAAGCUGGUUCUCCAACGACGCAGACCAACGAGGCAAGCUCUCCAACAGAUCAAGAAUCAUACGACGGAGACGUAGACAAGGAUGUUAAUUCAGCAGAUGACGAAGAACUAUGGGGUGCAUCACCUCAUCCAUCUAAACUAGGGGAGUUCGGAAUAAAUUUCAAGCUACAUGACAUAACAGAAGAGAAAGAACAUAAAGGAUCAAAGUUGAGCAGUGUUGUCCAUAAUAAUGAGAACCAUAUUCCCCCUCCAUUAAUGGAAGAAGAAAGUGGUGAUCAUCAAGCCAGAGUCAUGGGAGUAGUUUCGUCGUUAUCUCCGAGGUCGAUAUUGCCUGAUGAAGAUAAGAAAAAUGAUGUAGUAGAUCUCAAGAGUACUAAUGGAGAUAUCUUGGAAUCUAGAUCAUCAGGUUCAUCUGAGGGUUUAACAUCUCAAAUGCAGAGUAAAGCAGAGCAUCUUGCAGUAUACUUGGCUAGUUUACCUCCUUCUCCUAGUGAAUCUGGCUCCAAUAUUAUAGAGGUUUGCUCAAAAAACCAAAUUUAUUUUCAUCACAUUCUAGUGACAUACUAUUCCAUAGUUCUUUACACGUAA